AGUUUGCAAAAUGGAUGCGUUGGAUUCGGUUGCUCAUGUUGAGCUCUAACCAUUAUUUGUUGAAAUAAGAUUUCUUAGUCAUUGUUUUCUGAUGGUGUUUGGAUUUGAUGUAAAACAUAAUGAUUGGCCCAUCAGAAAUAGUUCCAUCACCUUACUACUAGCUGGUUAAAAAUCAAACUUGAAGUUUCUCAACACUAGAAAUACACAUGUGAUUGUUGACUUAAACCCACCAUGAUGAAUGAUUUUAACGAAAAAGGACUCUACCAGCUAUAUACAACUACAACAGGUCACUACUAUCGUGAUAAGGAUAGAGAUAGCAGUCACAUUGAAUUGGAUGACACUGCACCCCUUCCACUUCUUAUUGGCAUUGGACUAGCUUUGUUUCUAGGCUUCGUGGUCCUUGUACUUAUUUGCUGCCUGUGUCGCAGACGAAGACCAGCUAGUUCAAGUGAGCACCAGCACCCUAACAUGGCCAAUUACCAGCGGGCUCCUGUAACUGAUGGAAUGGUGGGCGGGGGAGGUGGCAUGGCCUAUCCAAUGACUGCUGUACCACCUUCAGCUUUUCAUAAUUCUAUUCCUUACAACCCACAUAUGGGCCAUACCGUCCACAACUAUGGGGUCAUUGGAUCAGGAAUGAAAUUCAACCACCCACCUCAGGGUCAAUAUCCUCAGCAGCCCCCUCACUUUGGUGGCGUCCCCACCUUCCCACCCAACCAAUACAUCCCAUCCCUACCCCUCCCGCCAAUGUCCACACCCCACCAGUCACACUCCCUGUCACACUCCAGCCAGGCCUCGUCCUCUGUGUCGGGGGCCACAGCCGACCCCUUGGUCCCCAUGUCCACGUCACCAAACAUGCACGCUCAGCAGCCCCAACAGCAGCAGUACCACCCUCACCAGUACCAGCAGAUGCCGUCUGUACUCCAGCACCACCAACACCUCCAGCAGAUGGCAGGGCGAGAAUCCCCCUCAUUCCAGUACCCCCCCAUGUCAUACUCAACCAUGAUGUCAAACGAGAUGGCGGCUAACCCAGCGACACUACCCACGUCAAAUACCCUAGCAACGACAGUUAUGACUUCCUCUGUAACAUCGCCACCUUUGAAUCGACCCACACCAAACCACCAGCCAUACUCCUCGACUCCUCAUUCAUCUAGUUGUACAGAUGAAGAGUAACUCUGGAUAUAAAGAUCACUAAUCGGCCAUUGAUGACAAACUGAUUUGCUAGUCUGCAUCUUUUUUAUACAACUAUUUAUUGGUAAAACAUAACUUAAAAAGUCAUCUGUUACAGGUAUAUUGUUUUAUGGUGCUGUUGCCAUUACAAAUGUCUAAUUUUUUUUUAAAAAGACAAUAACCAUGAUUUACUUUCAACAUUUUUAUUUUGUGUAUAAUUAAUUAUUCAUUAUUUGAUGUAGUAUUUUUAUAACCUUAAAAUGUUAACCUUAGUAAAAUUAGUUUUAGUUAAAUUUGCUGAUAAAAUUGAGUGCGAAGUUUCCCAUGUAAUUUUACCCUUUGUAAAUAGUACCAGAAGUGAAUUUAUACUGUAUUGUGAGACAUGUAUUUCAAAUCUUGUGAAAACCUUUAGCAAUGUUGGACAUUAAAAUAUUUAUUUUUGGCAGAAUCUAUAACAAAUAAGCUCAUGGAAUAAAAGUUAAGUAAAAUAAGUUUUUUUAGACACAAAAAGUUAAUGUUAAUUAGGAUUUCACCUCAGGUCCUUGACUGAGUAUAUACAUUUUAACACUUUGCAUGGCGGAUUCACUUCAGUUUUGUUAAAUCACUUUAUUCUGAUAAAGUAUUAUUUAGUUUUGUGGGCUAUUUUUUGUUAAUUUUUUUAGAAUGUGCCCUAGUGUUAAGUGUAUUACUUUAAAAAACAAAUAAA